UCUCAAUUCCCCAGUCAACUGAAAUACACUCCGAUUGCAAUAACAGCCAGUAAUUAAUCAAUUGAAUUUCAAAGUCAGAGUUUAAGCAUCAUAACGAGUGUUCAGUGUCGAAGUGCUUCUUGGCGUAUGAGCUGAAUGUUCCUGAGAAGAAAAAACCCCGAAAGAGGGGAGAAAUCUGAGAGCAAACUGGAGCCUCUGAUUUUGCAAAAUUCCAGGAUAAAAUUCUCCCAGGAGCAACUGCAGAAUUUGAAUCAUAUAUUAUGUAAAAAAGUUCAACGGAAACGGAAUCACACAGAUAAGCAUUUCCUCAAAGCUAAAAGCGUCGCAGAAAGACUAACUCAGCGAUUGCUAUGUGCAGUAGGCAUGUUGGAUCCAAGGUUUGCUUCGAAAUUUCUGGUGGAAAACAACCCCAAAGCCAUAAAUAACAUAUCCAACAAGAGUUUAUCUUACUUGGUACGCUUAGAUGAGCUCUCAACGCCACCCCUUUAUGAACUGGACAGUGUAUCCAGAUUAGAAAUAAUUGAAAAUGACCAAGACUGUCCAACCUCAUAUUGCAGAAUACGCGUUCCUAUGUCCGAAAUGAAAACCUGGAAUGAGUUUAUCAAUCCCAACGGUUUUCUAAGAAGGGAUAAAGUUCAAACUCGCCUAGUGAAACUGUUAGCAGAAGCAGCAGAAAACGACCGACAAAUAACACCUCAAACUAUCGAUGAGUCUGUUGUAUGUGGGAUACCAGGGAAAAUAGUGGAUGCCGCUACUUUACACCACAUAUUGAAAAUUCCUUCCUUCGAGCAAAUCUACUAUGGGCAAGAUGGAACAGAGGUAGGAUUCCCAAACCCUUCAGAUUUUCGUAUUGCGAUAGUUGAUGAUCCACAAGGCAUACUACUGAGAUUGGAAUUUUUAUCUGCAAUUUUCGACAAUAUAUGUCUCGAUAUAAGGCUUUUAAUUGCCAUUGGCGUUGAUGCCUGGCCAUCUUCUUCUGAUUUCCCAAGAAGGAUCCAUUUGGUUCAUCCUGACUGCUUGCUCUAUCAUAUGGCCGCUGAGACAGGCAUGUAUCUUGUUGGAUUCGGUGUUCAAUCAUCCGCAUGGCAGAUAAGGGUGCCAGCAGCAGAAUAUACCAUAUUAAGCCAUUAUAAUGAAACAAGUACCAUCUCAACUAUACUUGACAUACUGAAGAUUUCAGAAGACGAAAUAGAUAUACCCAGAAGUCUGAAGCAAUACCAGUUAUCCUACAAAAUACUCAAUGAGUACAUAUUUCUCACAUCGCUUUUCGAAGAAUUGGAAAAAAAUUCCACGAAACCCCUGAACGAUGCUGUUGACUGGUCUUCCAUGUAUACGUCGAAAAUAGUUCUGACUAUAUUGGAUCAGAUUAUGUUCAAUCUGGCACAACAGAAACUGCCGAAUUAUUUCUUCAAGCAGUCCAACCUUUUGGUGAAUCCAGGGCACUUGUCAGAGGAUGAUUAUAUGAUAGAGGCCAACAAUAUCAGGAUGUUUAUUCUGAAACUGUACGAUGAGUCUUUACAGAAUUUCUCAAGUGACGCAGAAUUCACAACGUUGGUGAAAACGCAAGAGAACGAAAUUAAUCUACUGAUCAAAUGGAGGGACCUUAUUGAUGGGUUGUUACCGAAGGUCUAUACGAAGAAAAAUGGAUUCUGCUUGAUGAAGUCCAAGAGAAGGAAACAUUUCGAACAUCUGCAAUUCACAAGAUACCAGUUGGAGUACAUCAGUUUGGUCAUGAGGAGUAUCUUGAACGUCCGCAGAAGAAUUCUGAAGUUCCAAGUAACGCAAAUUCAUAACUUCAAUGGUGACGAAGAUGAACAACGCACAGAGGAUAUUGCAUAUCUGACCUGUAUCCUUAUGGAACAAGCCAAAGAAAAAUUCCUUCACAAAGACGCAAAGCUAGACAAGAAGCGAUCAAAACUCGAAAGUGAAUAUUCCUGGUACAGUUCCAGAUUUAUCGAAAUGUUGAGAGAUGAUACGACCAUCAAAUCUUUGGACUUAGAAGAUGACAUCGUUAUGGUGCAUACCGUCAUAGAUUUGCUUCAUAAAGCUGUAGACUUCAACGAGAAAUAUCUAGCUAGGGUUCUUCAACCUUACCUGACGAAUUUAUUCGAAGUUAGUUUUGAAAUCUCAUGGCAUCUCGAGGAUAUAAAGAGUAGAUUCGAUGGCGAAGAACUGAAGUCAUUGGGGUGUUUUUGUAAGCUUGUGAAUGCUGGAGAAAUAACACCAGCCCAGGGUAUUGUGGAUGCCAAGAGUAAAAAUUGGUCUUGGGCGAUUGAGAUGAUGAGAUUGGCUGAAAAUAUGGAAAUUCGAAUAGUUUUAACGCCAGACAGAGGAAAGGUUAACCAGUACGUGAUAUAUCCUAACGAGAAUAGCAGAGAGGGUAUGAAGAAAACUACAAAGGAUUCAUUGGAGAGGAAAAAUACAUUUCUGGGUAAGAAUUAUAGUGGUACCCUCAAAAAAUCAAAAGAUCUCAGUGAACUGGAUGAAGAAAAUAUAUCUGAACAUGAACUCCUCAAAAUGAAAAGUCCACUCACCUCAAUCGUUGCAACUACCCAUAGGAGGGGAGACUAUAGGGGUUGUGGAGAUACUUUCAUGUCCCUCAUCUGCUUGAGAAAAAUUGGAAUUUUCAAUGAGAUAACGUCAACACUUCCCGAAGAGGAGAAAAAUAACCUCAUUGAAAUCAUGAACAAUCUACAAGACUUUCAGUGUCGUAACACAAGAGACAAGACCUGGACUGAUACCUUACCCAAAGUUCAAAAAAAUGUUUUUCUCACUUCUAAAGACGUUGUUCAAAAGUACAUACCCAAAGAAGAGAGUGCUGGAGUGAGAUAGUCGAUCGAAAUUCAAAAGAGGAAAUCAGAAUGCGAUUCCUUGAUUCAAAAUUGCAGGGCUCUCAGAUUAAGUGAGAAUAAGUAUUAUUUUUCUUCUUCGGAUGAUUCGAGGACCAGAGGAGUGCUGAAGAAGAGAGAUUCGAUCAAAUGCUGACCAUUUUAUUCAAUUUGUAAAUGUUAAAGUUUGCGUGUGAUCUAUUUUUUUAAUAACUGAACAAUCGUUUCAUUUUCCUUUUAUGUAUUGUUUGUUAUCCACUAUUCCCUCUCACUACAAAAUGUUUUUAAUAAUAAGAAAUUAUCACUCAUGAAAAUGAAAUAUAAUAUUGCACACAUUACAA